AUGGCGGUCAUUAUUCAGGGUAACCUGGAUAAGAGCAGACUUGCUUGUGAUUUUCUUACCCGUAUUGCGGGAGAGCAUAAUGCUGAUUUGCUUAUCAUUUCUGAGCAAUGCUUAGGAUGGGCGGAAAAAAAUGUGCGACGGCUGUGUGUGUUAAGAGUGGGAACACCACCUACGUUAGCGUCUAUCUCUCACCUAACGAGGGUAUCAAUGAGUUUUCUGGAAAACUUUGAACUGGAGGAUAGUGUACGGGAGUUGGAUGGUGAAGUCAUUAUUGUUGGGGACUUUAAUGCAAAGACAGGUACGGUUCCAAUGUUUAGAGGCAGUGACUGCCGGGGUACCAUCAUAGAUAUUACUUUAGCAUCUGCGGUGGAAGGAAAAACGUCGAUGAUUCCGCGAAGAUUCGGGGAUGGAAUAUUGUCAAGCUCAAUUGCCCUGCAGCUCUCGAAACGCUCGCCGACGGGUGGCCUUACUGGCGAGGCGAUGCGCCCCAUGAAGGCCACACGAAAAAUGGCAGAAGGCAAUGUUGAACAGACUAUGUGUCUGACUAAAAAGGCAUGUGAUAGUUCGAUGCCUACAAGAUUAAGGCACGGGCAAACGAAGUCUAACUAUUGGUGGAAUGACGAAAUUGCUGACCUCCGCAGGCAGGCCCUGGCAAAGCGUAGGAAGACUCAACGUAAGUGGGGCUGUGCUGAUGUUGGUGCAGCUAAGGAUGGUUGGUUAUCGCUUCUUGGUGAAGUAAAUAAAGAUGUGUGGGGACGCGGAUAUAAGAUUGUCACCCACUGCCUUGGAUUUCGAGCUCUAGAGCCCCCACGGGAUCCAGAAAAUUUGCAGGAGAUCGUACGUUCAAUCUUUCCAGAACAUUCGGAGAGAGCCUGCGCUCCAAUAACUGUAGUGGAACAACAAGUACAACUGUUCAACAAGGAGGAACUCUGCAUCGUGGUCUCUUUCUUGGGUAAUCGAAAAGCUCCGGGUCCAGAUGGAAUACCGGUUGAAAUUCUAAAACUGGUCGCGAAUGAAUUCCCAUUUGUUCUAUCAAAUAUGCUAAAUGCAUGCUUAUUAGCAGGCAUCUUUGCGAAGAGGUGGAAAGAACAGAGGUUGGUUCUGCUUGACAAGGGCAGGGGUCCGCCCAUACCACCCGCGUCAUUCAGGCUGCUCUGCAUGUUAGACAAGGCCGGAAAAACCUAA